AGUAGCUUUCCAUUUCCUCAUUUCUGUUAUCCUUUCCAUGCCAAUAAGCUGAGACGUUCUGACUCGGAGCCCGGGGGAACAGCGAAAUGGCCAAGAAGCGAGACCGCCGAGUCGCACCGAGUUCGACUGGUAAGGGCCGAGUCGAAUCGUCCACUCAGCAAGACCAACCCGGCCACUCGGCCUCAUCGGAUCGCAGGCUCAUCCUCAUCUUCGUCGUCUUCUUCAUCGUAUCUCCCGCUAUUUCCGUGCUCGUUUACCGUAUAAAAUACGCUUCGCCUACGAAACGUACGGAAUCGUACGUAUUUCAACGAGGCCUCGUUAAAGCCGACGUCGAUUACCAAGAAAUCCUCGCUGAGAAUUCAAAGGUCUCGGAAAAUACGUCGCGCCAGCAUUAUACCUAUCCUAUACUGGCCUACAUUACUCCAUGGAACUCCAGGGGCUAUGAGUUAGCAAAAAGGUUUAAUUCCAAGUUUACGCAUAUAUCACCUGUCUGGUAUGAUCUGAAGAGCCAAGGGACCGGCUUAAUUCUUGAGGGAAAACAUAAUGCUGAUAUAGGAUGGAUCUUGGAGCUUAGAAAGUCAGGAAAUGCUUGGUUGUUACCCAGAGUUGUUCUGGAAGCAUUUCCUGCAGAGUUUCUUACGAGGAAGAAGCAAAGGAACAAAGCUAUUAACCUUAUAGUAACAGAAUGCAAGGAAAUGGGAUAUGAUGGUAUUGUGCUGGAAUCUUGGUCAAGAUGGGCAGCUUAUGGUAUUUUGCAUGAUCCAAGCAUGCGGAAUUUGGCACUGCAGUUUAUAGAACAGCUUGGACAUGCACUGCAUUCUGUGAGCUCAGCAAGGAAUGAUAAACAACAGUUACAGUUGGUCUAUGUUAUAGGUCCACCACAUUCAGAGAAACUCCAGAAGCAUGAUUUUGGACCAGAAGAUCUUCAGAGCUUGAGCGAUGCUGUGGAUGGAUUCUCGUUAAUGACCUAUGACUUCUCAGGUCCUCAAAAUCCAGGUCCCAGUGCACCCCUGAAGUGGAUUCGUUCCACCCUGCAGCUGCUCCUUGGUACUGCUGGCAAUAGUGCUCGAAGCCCGGCCCACAAGAUAUUUCUGGGCAUCAAUUUCUAUGGAAAUGACUUUGUACUAGCAGGAGGUUUGGGUGGUGGAGCUAUUACUGGAAGGGAUUACCUCUCAUUGUUGGAGAAGCACAAGCCUGUUCUGCAGUGGGAAAAGAAUAGUGCGGAGCAUUUGUUCUUUUACUCUGACGGUAACGAUAUCAAGCAUGCAGUUUUCUAUCCAUCAUUGUUGUCGAUUUCUGUGCGGCUUGAGGAAGCUCGUUCAUGGGGAUGUGGCAUCUCAAUCUGGGAAAUUGGACAAGGUCUGGAUUACUUUUUUGAUCUUCUGUAAAUAGGGCAAGUUGGUCCAUCUUUUGACACUGUAGACACUUCAGAUCAUUAGUUUUCUUUUCGAGGAAAUAUCAUUUGUAUCUUCAUGUGUCGAAACUGUAACAAAAAAAAUUUCAUCACUGCAGAAUUAAUUCAAAGAGUUCUUAUAAGAUCUAAAAAGUUGAUAUUUGAUCUUAUUGCAGUUACCUUCAAUCCAAAGGCCAUGUUUCUGUGAA